GUACAUGUGUCUGUCAUCACCAUCUCUAUACUUUUCUGGUUCAUAUAUAUAUAUAUAUAUAUAAUAUAUAUAUACAAACUUCAAAUUGUAUUGUUGGUCAAGUCUUGAAUCCAUUUCUAGAUAUAUAAUAUAUAGGUUCAACUAUCUUCGUCUAAACAUCUACUUUCAGUGAGGAUAUGGAGAGCAGUCCCUUGCGUCAACAGAUAGCCACUAUGAGGCAAUCUCUUUUCGAUGAGAAAAUGCUUGAUGAACACUACCUAAUAGUGGAACAAUUGGAAGAUGAAAACAAUCCCAACUUUGCAGAGGAGAUCAUGACCAUGUAUUUUAGGGACUCAACUCAACUCAUAGCUAACCUUGAACAAGCUUUCAUUGGGGCGAACCAAGUAAGCAUUGAAGUCAAUCAAAUGAGAAAAUGCACACGAGAACAUGACAUAGAAAGGAUGAAGACGACCCUCCAGCAGGUAAAAAAAGAGCAUGAGAAAUUGCGAGGACGAAUUGAACCUUAUUUCCAGCUACUUCGACAAGUUGGGCCUGUUGAAACAGCUCAGAGGCCCAGUUAAUCAACCAAACUAAUAGAGUUACAGACUUACAGUAGCAUCUCAGGCUCAUUUGUUUUCGUCACAAACUUCUUGGUUUUGUGCCCACAGAAAAAAGGAAAAAAAAAGUUGCUGUUGAAUCAGAGUAAAAAUUCAUGUGAAGUUUAACUUUCAUGUAAGAGUAAAGUUAAAGUUACAUGUCAUUAAUUAGAAACUGAAUUUCGGUUUGUUGGAGGGUUGAUUAAUGAUCAAUGUAAGAAAAGAUGUGUCCUUGAAUUGUAA